ACGUGGAUACAACUUACGUGUCAGCAUGCUGCUUAAGACUGCUGGUGCUCAUCAACUGAUAGCUAACAAGCGCGGUGAGCUGGCACUGCACAAGGCGUGCUGUAACAACCAGGCGUUGAUGUCUGUGUUCAUCUUGAUGGAAGGCUUGCAGACGGCGUGUCUGAAUCGUCCGUGUGACGGCGGCUGGACCCCGCUGAUGUUUGCCUGUAAGAGCAACGCCUUGGACAUUGUCAGCUAUCUACUGGAUGAGUGCAGUGCGGAUGUCAACGCUACCCAGACUGAAGGCUACACUGCACUGCACAUUGCAGUUCAGAGCCGUCACGAUGAGAUUCGUCGUCAGCUCUGCAAGAAACUCAUCGCGCACAAGGCCAAUCCCAAUGUGCCGGCUGGAAGCAAGAAGCUAACGCCAUUACAUUUUGUGUGCGCCAAGGGAAUCGAAGACAUCUGCUUACUGUUUGCCGAACAUGGUGGUGACUUGCUGCAGCCUGACGCUGAAGGUGAUAGUGCUUUAUCUAUGAUACCAGCCGACAUACCGCAGUUCAAACUGCGCCUUCAAGAGUUCACCAAGGACUGUCCGGACGAGGAGCUGCUCAAGUCCUGGACCUGCCAGCCGCGCAAAAACAGCCCGGCACAGAUCACCAUGACUACGGCGCCGCAGGGCGACUGCCAGUACGACUCACUGCCCAGUCACUCGGAACUGGCGUCGUCGUCGUCGAUAGGUAUUGCUUCUGUUGGUGCUGGUGGUGGAGGUGGCGCUUUGCCUGCGGCGUCACUCUCCUCGGGUGCCGGCGAUGGUGGUCAGUCGGUGGACAUGCCGCGGCUUCAUCUCAGCCAGACGGCCAGACAGGUUGCUAGGCGAAUCUUCGGUAACCAUGGCGAACAUGGCGGCAGCUCCGGCAGCAUGCCCUCUAACCCUGAAGACAGCGUUGAAGUGGCUCCGUCGGACUACGACGCCCCGGCGGCAGGAGCGUAUACGGGUGCCGCCGACAGUGUGUCCAACCUGCAGCCGCGGCAAAUGUCUGAUGCGCAUGUUUCACUGCCGUCGCUGUCCAGUGCAGGCAGGAUGCGUGUGGCUUACACGCGUAGCCACGGUAAGAACAGCAGCGCCGAAGACACUUUUCGCAGCGUGGACUCUUCCCGGACACGCACCAUCAAAGGAGACGUUGACGUAGCGGUUGCAUCGAUAGGCGGUGACUCGUUGCGUCAUGUGACGACGGCUGAUGAUGACACACUGCGGCUACAGCAGCAACAGAACAACGCACUGGGCCGUUAUGACACGUCGGACGCUAUUCGCAACCUCUUCAUGGGAAUGCAGGAUUUGUCCAAGCAAAUCAGAGUACCUGGGUUGGAGGGCAAUGAUGACAGCCUUGAUGCAAUAGCCUCAACAACGGGUUUGACGCAAAUACCGCUCUGUGAACUGCAUAAAGAAUCAGAUCUGGGCUCAGGGAGUUACUCUGACGUCUAUCGCAGUACGUACCUCGGUAAACCUGUUGCUGUCAAGCUCUUCCGCAAUAUGACCGGGGAUGAGGUCAUGAGAAUAUUUCAACAGGAGGUCAUCAUGCUUAGUAAAAUGCGUCAUCCCAACGUACUGACGAUCAUCGGGUACUGCCAGGAUAUUGAUGGCCAUGCUAUCGUCACUGAUUUGCUGGAACGUGGAUCAUUGCAAGAUGUACUGCACGAUGCCACACUUGAUCUUUCCUGGAAACGGCGUAUUGAAAUGUUACAACAUGCAUCCCUAGGUAUGCAGUACCUGCACAAGUGUCAGCUGCUGCAUCGUGAUCUCAAGUCCGGUAACCUGCUCGUCGGCGCAAACUUCAACGUGCAAGUGGCAGAUUUUGGCAUGACGAAGGUGCGACAACACACCGUAACUAUGACAACUAACUUCAGAGGCACGCCAGCGUACAUAGCACCAGAGACAUUUGACACCAAGUCUCAUUCGGAGGCCAGCGAUGUGUAUGCGUUUGGUAUCAUCAUGUUUGAAGUUGCUUCGCGCAAGACACCAUAUCAUGAACACCGACACUUGAGACUCAUGGAGCUGAUGAUGAGCGUGCUCAGAGGCACACGUCCUGGUCUGACUGCGGCUAUCAUGGCUGCCAAUGGCUGCCCGUCCGAUGACUACAUGGAGCUCAUGCAGCAGUGCUGGCACGAGGACUUCAGACAGCGGCCAAACUUCACCGAAAUCAUCUCCGCCCUGCGUCGCAUGCCUGACAUCAGCAGCUCUGUGGGCGCCGCCUCCACUCCUGUAACUCCAUGAUCAACUCCACUCAUACCGGUACCGGUACUACCACUACUACUACCAAUCUCAAAAUCUUUAUUUGAAAGAACCCAAAGUUGAACAGCAAAAGAUGCAAAGCAAAGCAAUGGAGAAGGCAAUUCCAAAUCAAUGAUCGAAGAAACCAGCAAAAUAACAAAGAAAACAAAAUUUUGCCACUACUACUACUACUACCUAUGCGGUUAUGCUGUCAUUAGUAGUGUGCUUACUGCUCGCCGCGUCGCUGUCGUCAGUGGUCACUGGUUUCCGUCCAUGCCCCCGAGUCCGUCCUCUCCUCACCCGCAUCCGCUGCGUUCACACUAGUCCUGAUGGUGUGCUAUCGUGUGUGUGCUGUAACUGGGUGUUGUGUGCAUCUCUGCGCUUCCGCCCGUCCAGUCUGUCCACAAGUAUCUGCGUGACAAGAACGAUGAUGAUGUCGGCACGGACGACAAGCCAUUACGACCAUGGAGUAGUAAAAUACCGGUAAUUUACUACUCCCUGAUUACGACCAGUUAAUCGAGCUCUGUGUCAGCUCAUUUUGUAGUGCCCCAAUGCUUCAAUUCUUAGUUACCAUGGUUACGGUUCUACGCUCUCUUUCAGUCCUGCUGGCCCUGCUUCAACUCUAGGACCACAUGCUCUGCAAUGCCACCAGCACCGGCACCAGCAGCAGCACCACCAGCACCGGCACCAGCAGCAGCACCACCAGCAACAGCAUCAGCAGCACCACCACCAGCAACAGCAUCAGCAACACCACCAGCACCAGCACCACCACCCGCACCUCGCGAAGCUGCAGCUGCAGCAUUGCUCCCCUAUGUGGCCACCAUCGCUGCCACCGCCGCCACCAUCACUGCCAGCAGCAGCAGCACCAUCACCACCAGCACACUACUCUGUACAUUUUGCAGGCCGAUUUCCCCCUAUCCCCCCUAUUUGAGUUACCGACACCACCCACACCCCACCCCCACCCCUCCUCUAGUUUUUGUAAUCAUUCUAGGCUAGCUAGUAGCAGUAGUGCAGUCUGCAGCAUGAUUUUAGGCUACAUACACAAAUGUUAGACAUCGCACAUAAUUUCAAGGGUACAUAACCCCCAUUCUGGGUUGGAUAAUUUAUAAAUUGCUGUGUGGAAACACUCUCUCCAUUUUUCAAAAUGUUUUAUCCUUUUUAGAUUUUACCCUACAAACUCAUCAUCUCUUAUUGCCAUGGUUAUCUUGCAUAUGGCCAUGUCAACCACCCUGUACUCUUCGAAGACACAAAAGGUA